AUUCAGGGCGUUGUGUACUUUUCCCUGGCCUUAUUUUUUAAUAAACUUGUCAGCUAUACAUUCCUAUUUUGGCUGCCUUUCUAUCUGGAUAAUAUACUUAUUGGAGGAAUUCGAUAUGGUGGUAAGAAAGCCGCAUUCCUUUCUAUCUUCUUUGAUGUUGGAGGAAUCAUCGGGGGUGUACUAGCUGGUAUAUUGACUGACAAGACUGGCGCAAAAGCACUAAUUUGUAUAAUAAUGUUGGCAGCUUCUAUUCCUAUUCUCUUUGUAUAUCAAUUGUACGGAACGAAGAGUCUAGGAUUAAAUAUUUUGUUAAUGAUUUUUUCUGGCAUAACUGUCAAUGGACCAUACGCAUUAAUUACCACAGCAGUAUCAGCUGAACUGGGACAUAACCCAUCACUUCAAGGAAAUCAAGAAGCUACCGCUACUGUAACGGCAAUUAUAGAUUCUACAGGCUCAUUAGGUGCUGCGUUGGGACCUUUACUAGCAGGCAUCAUACAACCAACAGGUUGGAUGAACGUAUUCUAUACUAUGAUGGCUUCUGAAUUGUGUUCGCUUCUUGUAAGUAACCACACUUAG